CAAGCAUGGUGAUGUAUUUUUCCAGAAUUAGAACAUAAAAAAUGAAAACUUCUCUUUCCUUGACUUUGUUUGCAAUCUUUGGCAGCCUGUGUCUAAACUAUAUUCUUCCAGUAGAUGCAAUAAGCACAAUAAGGCCUGGUGAUAGAUUGAACUCUACUUCACAGCUUGUAUCCGGAGGUGGGAAUUUCACACUAGGAUUCUUCACAAUCAAAGAGACAAAUUUUAGCUACCUUGGAAUUUGGUAUACUGCUGAUGACCAAAGCAGGAAAGUAUGGGUUGCCAAUCCGGACGCACCAGUGAAUAUGAAUGAUCCGGUAGCUAUAUCUCUCACAAUUGACAAUGAAGGAAUUCUGAAAAUUGUCAGUGGAGAUAACACUGUUAUGAAUGUUUCUGAUGAGGUUGGGACAGGCAAUACGACAGCUGUUUUGCAAGAUUCUGGAAAUUUUGUUCUAAUGGAUGCAGGGGCGGAUAACCGGAUCUUAUGGCAAAGCUUUGAUCAUCCCACAAACAGACUUCUUCCUGGGAUGAAGCUUGGAGUCAAUUUUACGACAGGGCAGAGUUGGACACUGACCUCUUGGUUAAGUGAUGAAGUUCCGGCUUCUGGCGCUUUCAGAUUGAGCUUGGAAAGGAUUCAAGAUUCAGGGCAGUUGGUCAUUCGUUUGCGCGGAAAGGAUUACUGGACUAGUGGUCCUUGGAACGAUCAAACUUUUCAAUUUUUGCAAACAUUAACUGCUUCUUAUAAUAUGUUUCAUAACAACCUUACUUUCACAUCCACUAUUGACAGCAUUUACUUCACUUUUCAAAGUAUUGGUUCAAGUUUAUCAAUGUUGGAGUUGACCCCAGACGGGGAAAUUUUGGAUGAUGCAACCAGUCUUUUCGUCAGUCCUUAUGAGAAAUUUUGUUAUGGGUAUGAAAGUGAUAACGGAUGUGUCACUUCUGCAUUGCCUAGUUGCAGAGGCAAUAAGGACAAGUUUGAGCUGAAGAGUGCAUAUUUUGUUGAUGGUGACUCUAACUAUGAUAAUAAUUCAAGCCUGAGUCUCAGUGAUUGUAUGAAAAGGUGCUGGAAUGAUUGCAAUUGUGAUGCCUUUGCAAGUAAUAGCAAUGGCACUGGCUGUAUAACCUGGACGGGUGGAAAACAGUACCAAAUAGACGAGUCUGGCCAAACAGUGCAAAAAUAUGUGCUGGUAAAAGCAAAAAAAUCCAAAGGAAGAGCAUGGAUAUGGGUAAUUGUAGCUCUGUCAGUUGUUCUAGUACUAGUGCUAUUAGGCUUGUUACGCCAUCUGAAUCGAAGAAAGCACAAACAAGAAGAGGAGAAGAGACUGCGAGACGAGUACAUACAUCAGUUGACAGAAACAGAUAGCUUCAAGGAUGUCAAUGAAAUGGAAAACACUGGUCGGGAAGGCCACAACUUGAAAAUCUUUAGUUUCAGUUCCAUAAUGGCUGCCACCAAUGACUUCUCAAGCGAAAACAAACUUGGAAAGGGUGGUUUUGGACCAGUAUACAAGGGAAAAUUGCUUGAUGGUCGGGAAAUAGCAGUUAAAAGGCUUUCAAGGACAUCAGGACAAGGACUCGUGGAGUUCAAAAAUGAACUCAUACUGAUUUCCAAGCUCCAACAUACAAAUCUUGUUCGAGUUUUGGGAUGCUGCAUCCAUGAAGAAGAGAAAAUGUUAAUCUACGAGUACAUGCCAAAUAAGAGCCUGGAUUUCUUCCUGUUUGACAAAGAGAAAAAGGAGCUACUGGACUGGCGAAAAAGAUUCAAUAUCAUUGAAGGUGUUGCUCAAGGAUUGCUCUACCUACAUAAGUAUUCUAGAAUGAGGGUUAUACAUAGAGACCUAAAGGCUAGUAAUGUGUUGUUGGAUGAAAAUAUGAACCCAAAAAUUGCUGAUUUUGGUAUGGCAAGAAUAUUUAAACAGAAUGAGACAGAGGCAAUCACUAACAGGGUUGUAGGAACAUAUGGCUACAUGUCCCCUGAGUAUGCCAUGGAAGGAACUUUCUCUAUCAAGUCUGAUGUCUUCAGCUUUGGGGUACUAAUCCUCGAAAUCAUUAGUGGUAGAAGAAACUCUAGCUUCUACAAUCUUGAUGACCGUCCUCUCAACCUUGUAGGAUAUGCAUGGGAGCUCUGGAAAGAAGGGGUGGCCUUAGAACUAAAGGAUCCUGCACUUGGUGAUGGCUACAACAUAACUCUGUUACUGAGAUCCAUCCAUGUUGGCCUUUUAUGCGUGCAAGAAAGUGCGACGGAUAGGCCAACUAUGUCAGAAGUAAUCUCUAUGCUCAACAAUGAAACUUUGCCUUUGCCAGCUCCAAAGCAACCGGCCUUUUUUACUGGGAGACAGGCCCUUGGGUUGACUUCAUCUGAAACAACAUCAACAGGACAAUCAGGGAAUAAUCAAUACGGAUCAGUAAAUAACUUAACCAUCUCAGCCAUGGGCGCACGAUAAAAUCUUCAUCAGUUUUUGUAUUCUUUUAUAGCAUCACAUGAAUGUUUGUUCUGCUGUACAUUGUAGAGAAAAUUUUGUAUCAGCAGUUCUUGCCACCAUUUAGAUCAGAUGGCAUUGUUAGGUACAGAGGAUAGUCCUAGCUCUUAAUGAUGUAAAAUGUAAACUUCUGAUUUUUACUAAUAACCUCAUUCUGAUUUUA